UUUUCCUAUCCUUCUUCUCUAUAAAUUAUUGAUCGAUAAUAAGAAGGAAGGAAUAUUUCUCAUUUUAAAUAUAUAUAAAAGGUUAAUUAACGGAUUUAUUUAUUCAUUUUCAUAUUUGGAACAUUGUGAUUCUAAAUUCAAUUCAGAUUUAUCAUUGAACAAAAGUGACAGUCUAGUCAAAAUAAAAAUAUGUCAACUUUAAGUCAACAACGUAAACUAGUUGAACAAUUACGUCAAGAAGCAAAUUUAAAUCGUCGUCCUGUCUCUGAAUGUGUACAAGAAAUGAUUGUGUAUAUGGAACAGAAUCGUGAUAAAGAUUGUUUAGUUUCAGGAUUUGCUAGUAAGAAAGAUAAUCCAUUCCAAGAAAAAGGUGGAUGUGUGGUGAUUUAGGCAAUUUAGUAAAUGGAUAAUAAAACAAAAUAACUUUGACUUAAUGUUCAAUCAUUCUUAUGCUUCUUUUUUCCUUUUUUGUUUAUGUAACGAACA